GCAUGAACUAAGAUAGUGAAUGUACCUGCCGGUAAGUCAUUACCACGGAGAAUAUUUAAAAAAUCCAUUUUGACGUUUUUUUGCAUUUUCCUUUGGCUCAAAUAGACCCCUCAGCCAAGCUAGCCACGUUCUCCGUGAUAAUCUUUGUUCAAAUGACUCGAACACAUGGCCUGUACAUAACCUAUUAAAUGUUUCUGAGUCUUUCAAAGAAGUUACUGUCAAAUCAUUGUCAAUCAUCGUCGAAAUUAAAGUUUAUAAACUCACAGUGUGUGCGAAAAAUGUCUAAUAUCAAAAUAGGCACCCACAAUGGGAUGUUUCAUUGUGAUGAAGCUUUAGCGUGUUUCAUGCUGAAACAGCUACCCACUUAUAAGGAUGCAAGUAUUAUUAGGUCUAGGGAGCAAAAGGUACUGGACGAUUGUGACAUUGUUGUAGAUGUGGGAGGUGAAUAUAAUCCUAAUAAACACCGAUAUGAUCACCACAUGAGGGAAUUCCAGGAAACAGGACAGUCCGUCAUGAAAAAAGAUGACUGUGACUGGGAUAUCAAAUUGAGCAGUGCUGGAUUAAUCUAUUGUCAUUUUGGUCAUCAAAUAAUACGAGAAAUGUUACCUGAAAUUAUCGAUGAUGAUGAUAUUCAUAGUAUAUUUAAGCAUGUUUACGACUCUCUGAUAAAAGAAGUUGAUGCUCUUGAUAAUGGAGUUCCAAUGUUCGAGGGCGAACCUAAGUAUCGUAUCAAAACUAAUUUAGGAGCCAGAGUGUCUAGGCUCAAUCCAACCUGGAAUUCUAUCGGUGUAGAACCUGAUGUGCAAUUUUGUAAGGCCAUGGACAUCUGUGGCGAAGAAUUCAAACAUCAUCUUAAUUAUGCUGCUAGUGUUUGGUUACCGGCGAGAGCAAUUGUUAAACAAGCAGUUGAGAACAGAUUUCAGGUCGAUCCCAGUGGAGAAAUCAUCGAAUUUUCCGUAUGUGUACCGUGGAUGGACAUUUUUUUUGAGCUGGAGAAGAAUACAGUUAUUGAUCCUCCUGUUAAAUAUGCUAUUUUUCAAGACAAAUCUUGGCGAGUGCGAGCAGUGCCUGUAGCUGUUGGCUCUUUCGUCGGUCGACUCUUUCUACCCGAACCAUGGCGUGGCUUGAGGGAUGAUGAACUCAGCAAACUAUCUGGAAUCGACGAUUGCCUUUUUGUACAUUCGGUUGGUUUCAUUGGAGGGAACAAGACUCGAGAAGGAGCUCUAUCAAUGGCACGAAAAGCCUUGCAAAUUGGAAAAAAUGAGCAAUGUUCAUGAACGCUCUCCACAGUUUCAACUGGUCCAUUAAUUCUUCAUUAAAAAAUGUACAUUUUUAUUUUAAAAAAAUAAAGAAAAAAUACAUACAA